GAGCUGAUUCAAGUCCUUUUUUAAUUUCAUGGAUUGAAGUGAUUAAGUGUUCUAAUAUCUCUGUUUGGGUGCCGGGAAAAUCCAGGAAAAUGAAAAGAAAUUUUAAUUUAAUAAUCCACUGUUAGAUUAGGUCUUUUUGUUUUGGGAAUUGUAAGCCAACAUUAAACCAGAUAGCCUUAUUUAAUUUUUAAUUUUUUUUAAUUUUCCUGAAAAGUGUCUUAAUGUGUUGCAUGGAUCGUGAUAAGGGAAUAAUCUAAAAUUCAGUAAUUCAAUUUUCUUUAAUUUUCCACUUUUUACUCGGAACGUAGUACAAGUUUCUGACUGAAAAAUCUUUGCCAUACAUAAAUAUAGUAACAGUUUGUGUUAAAUUUCAUUUACAAGCGAAAGUUUUUGCGUAAGUCAUUUUUAGGUAAAAUGUGGGGUUUUUUGUUGAAGGUGAACCACAGAAGUUGAUGAAUUAAGAAAGACCAAGUUGGACUGUGAUCAAAGGGCAUUUGAGCAGUUUAGGGGAUGGCUUGUAGAGGAUGCUUGGAGUGCUUAUUGAAGCUACUGAACUUAUUGCUGACUCUUGUGGGAUUGGCAAUGGUUGGUUAUGGAAUCUACUUGUUUGUGGAGUACAAAAGAGCGGAGGCCAAUGAGACAUUGUUUUCACCUGUGAGUGGUGAUGAGACUUUGGUACAGCUCGGUCGGCCUAUGCUUAUGGCUGUGUCUUUGUCGUCCAGUAUUUUUGAUAAGUUGCCGAAAGCCUGGUUCAUAUACUUAUUUAUUGGCGUAGGAGUGGUUCUCUUUGUCAUCUCUUGUUUUGGUUGUGUUGGAGUUACAACACGGAGUGGAUGCUGCCUGACUUGUUAUUCAAUAUUGGUAAUCUUGUUGAUUUUAGUUGAACUGGGCUGUGCAGCCUUCUUAUUCUUUGACAAAUCCUGGAAAGACGAGAUUCCAACAGACAAAACUGGUUAUUUUGACAUGAUAUAUGAUUUUCUGAAAGGGCACUGGACUAUUGUGAAAUGGGUUGCUCUUGGAAUUGUUGUUUUAGAGGCUCUUAUUUUCCUGUUAGCUCUUGUGGUUAGGGCAGCAAACAGACCUGUAGAGUAUGAUAGUGAUGAUGAGCUCAUUGCCCCAAGGCAACAAAUAAGGCAGCCCUUGCUCAACAGGCCACCAGCUCCUGCAACAGGUGUGCCUGUAGCUGGAGCUCUUGAUCAGCGUCCAAGUAGAAAUGAUGCUUGGAGCACACGCAUGAGGGAAAAGUAUGGGCUCGAUACUUCUGAGUUCACAUACAACCCAUCUGAGUCACACAGGUUCCAGCCAGUGGCCCCACAACAAUCAGAAGAAAGGAGUCGUUGCACCAUUAUGUGAUGCCUUUGUGGAUGUUGCCCAACUCAAGUGUUUUUUGAACAAUGGUUUCAGAGCUUAAAAGUUUCCAGAGGACGGUCUUUUCCUUUUUUGUGUACAAAACUCAUUGUUUUACUUUGAUCAUGAAUUCUCGUGGAGUUCAGUUGAGUCGUUGCACCCCGUAUUUCACUUUAUGCCAACUGCAUUACCAUUUUGUGUGUAAAAAUGUACUAAUUACAAUCAUGAAUUCUCGUGGAGUUCAGUUGAGCUUAAUUGUUUUUAUAGAGUUGUGAGGACAUUCUGUACUUGCAUAAGGCUUAUUGAAAAAAAAAUCUAAGGGUGUGUUUGUUUCCUUA